AUGGAACCACGCGAUCUCCGUGGCAGCAUCUCGCCGCCGUUCUCCUCCGAUCUGGAACCGUUGUCGGAUGACCUCACUCGCUCCACCUCUGACUCUUCUGCUAUCACCGCCGACGACACCUCCAAGGACUUCUUGCCUCAUUCCACGCCGGCUCCGCUUCUGGAUCAGUCAACUAGAUGGACGGAUCAGCAGCACAGUCAAUAUAUUCGUUCUUUAGAGGCCUCAUUUGUGAAUGAAUUGCAUCGUUCUAUGCAUUUACGUUGGUGGAGCAUAAAAAAUAGCACAGAUGAAGCGUAUAAAUGUAGAAUUUUGCAAAAUUCACAUAAAUUGCCUAAGCAGACUCUGGCUUUUCAAGAUGCCUGCCAGAAGAGGAUCAACCUUGAAAGAAUUGCACCUAUGUUUGAGAGCACAGCUGAUUCUCAUGUUCUUGCAGGAAGUCGAUUCAAACUUACAUCUGUGGAUAGAGGCUGUAGUUUGGGAGAGCCUAAUAUUUGCAAGCAUGGCUUUCUUUGUGAUGAGGAAAUUCAUGCAAGAGGAAGUUCAACAUUUACUGACAGGUCUCCAAGAAGUUUAGAGAUGCAAUGUAUUUGCGGCUCAUUCCAUCAAGAAUUGGCUUGCAGUACUACAGAGGUCACCGAUCAAAACUUCCAGGAUGAAGAAGCCAAGUCAAGCUGUGUGCCCUUGGUGAAAAGGUUGAAGAAAGCUACAGCUGAUGUUUCAAGCAGUGAUCAAACUGUGCCGUUUGGAAAACUUCACACACCAGAUGUUUCAACUAGCAGUAAUGCAACCCCAGAAAAUAGAGGACAUGAAUUGCUAUCAGAACCACCAGAGAGAGCUACUAUUUCCCAAAGUCUGAUCUGCCAUACUUUAUAG